AUGGAAGGUCGAGUGGAGGUGUUCUGGAACGGUGCUUGGGGGACGGUCUGUCAUAGAGGCUGGGACUUACGAGACGCAACCGUUAUCUGCCGGGAACUGGGUUUUGGAGAAGCUUAUGCGGCUCCCCGUCGAGCUGUAUUUGGUGAGGGAACCGGAGCCAUAGUGUUGAAUGGUGUUCGUUGCACGGGUAACGAGGAGACGGUGUUUGAUUGCCCGGCUAGAAGGGGAUCGGGACACAACUGCUGGCAUGACGAUGAUGCCGGGGUUCGAUGUACUGGAGAUCGACCCGUCAAAAUAAUCUGCCCAUCUAAUCAGACGAUCGAUUCAGAUUCAAACCAGAACUUUGCUACGGUCAACCUACCUGGUCCUGCCGCUUCGUACCACAGCAGCAUUGGACGGCUCGAAAUCACUAUUGACGUGGAUGGUUCUACGCAUCGUGUUAAUGACGAAGUCAGAUUGAGUAUUGCAAACUCUCCACACGUAUUGCAAUUCAAUGCAAGUGAUGCAAACAACACUGCGACGUGCAGCAUGCAAAUCUCCGUUCUUGGGAUAGGUGUUCGUUUGGUAGGCGGUUCAGACUCCAUGGAAGGUCGAGUGGAGGUGUUCUGGAACGGUGCUUGGGGGACGGUCUGUGAUGACCUCUGGGACCUAGAAGACGCAACAGUUAUCUGCCGGGAACUGGGUUUUGGAGAAGCUUAUGCGGCUCCCCAUCAAGCUGCAUUUGGUCGAGGAACCGGAGAUAUACUGUUGGAUAAUGUUGAGUGCACGGGUAACGAGGAGACGGUGUUUGAUUGCACGGCAAUAAGGGGAUCGGGACACAACUGCGGGCAUAGCGAGGAUGCCGGGGUUCGAUGUACUGGAGAUCGACCCGUCAUAAUAAUCUGCCCAUCUAAUCAGACGAUCGAUUCAGAUUCAAACCAGAAUUUUGCUACGGUCAACCUACCUGGUCCUGCCGUUCCAUACCACAGCAGCAUUGGACGGCUCGAAAUCACUAUUGACGUGGAUGGUUCUACGCGUCGUGUUAAUGACGAAGUCAGAUUGAGUAUUGCAGACUCUCCACACGUCUUGCAAUUCAAUGCAAGUGAUGCAAACAACACUGCGACGUGCAGCACGCAAAUCUCCGGUGUUGUUUGA